AUGGUGAGUGGAUACUGCCGUUUGAUGGCUGUGGUUACUUUUGAUCUUAUGCUUGGCACCUGGGUUGGACUUGCCUUGUACAAAGAGAAACCUGGACACAUCUGCUCCUGCAGCUUGGCUUCUGUGACCUCUAAGGUGCGCCCAGCCGUGAAGUACACUGAGGAAUGUCUGUUCACCGUGGACCCUGCUGAGACGAGCAUAGGUGCAACCCUCCUUCACAUGGGACGUAGCAGCGAUUACUGCCUUGUGGAGUGCAUUGAGGUUGGCAACAAAGAUAAAGCUCCUUGCAUGUUUCUUCGAUUGACGAUGUUUUCUCUCAAGUGCAGCAAGAGCGGAGACUUAACAUUGGGUGAGAGCCGACGGGUUCGGUACUUCAAGCUUCCUAAGAAGGAAAUUAGUGAAUCAUUAUUCUUGCGUCCCCAGGCGUUCUGGCUAUAA